GUACCAACUGAAGAGACCAUAUUUGGGACACUUUUCCUUUCUGAAUAUUGAAUCAUGGGUGACUUUAACGAAGAAUACGACGCUGUCAUUGUCGGCACUGGUCGGUUUGAUGGACCCUGUGGCUACCCUUGUCUGUUGCCUCGAAGCUGAUUCAUUGCCCUCUCUGUUCGUUAGGUUUGACCGAAUGUAUUCUCUCUGGGUAUGAUAAUCCAUCAACAAGCUUUACUGCUAUCUGCCUUUCUUUCUUCUGGUUACUGACCCUCAUUUGCAGUGUCUUCGGAGCCGAAGGGAAGAAGGUCCUCAACAUUGACCAGAACUCCUACUAUGGAAGGCAAGUGGUUCCUCGUCACUAAAACUUGUAUCUUUCAACUGAUUGCUAAUCUUGUCUAUAGUGAGAGUGCCAGCUUGAACGUGAUGGAGGUAGUUACACAAUUGCUGAAUUGAAACGGCCGAGUUGUAGCAUGCUAACCUCUUGCUUACAGAUGUGGAAGAAGUUCAGGUGGUCCGAUGAGCAGCGAAGGGUUGAGGCCGAGAGAGCAAAGGCCGAAGAGGAGGGAAAGCAGGUUGGUGCUAGUGCCACUCCUGCUGGCCCGGAGCCUCCUGCCGCCUUCGGAAAGAAGCCGAGUGAAUGGAACCAGUGGCACAUCUCCUUGGUGCCAAAGUUCCUGAUGGCCGACGGCGAGUUAACCAACGUCCUCCACAAGACCGGCGUCACCCGUUACAUAGAUCUUCUCCAGGUCGGUGGGAGCUACGUCGUGAAGGGCGGCGUGCCUUAUAGAGUCCCUUCCACCAGAGUGGAGGCUGUGACGUCGUCUUUGGUCUCCAAUUUCCAGAAGUUUUAUAUGCAAAAUUUCUUGCAGUUCAUUGCCAAUUACAAGGAGGAUGACAGGUCGACUCAUAAGAAGGGUGUGUUUCACUCGUUAGUCUUAGUGCCACAAAGAGCUACCCUCUGAUAACCAUGGAUUUAGGCCUCAAUCUUGACCAGAACACCAUGAGGGAGGCGUACAAAAUCUUUGGCCUCGAUGCAUGGACCUCAGAGUUCAUUGGCCACGCCAUGGCUUUAUAUGUCGAUGAUUCUUAUCUCGAUAGGCCGGCUCGGGAGCCUAUUGAGCGCAUCAUCCUCUACGUUAGGUCCAUGGCUCGUUUCGGAAAAUCCCCCUACAUCUUCCCGCUUCACGGGUUAGGCGAGCUUCCGGAGAGAUUCUCUUUCCUGUCCGCCGUCUAUGGUGGAACAUAUGCUCUGAACACUCCCCUGCAGGAGAUCCUGUUUGACGAUUCCGGCGUUGUUUGUGGAGUCAAGUUCCCCCACCCCAACACCAAGGAGGUGGUCACCGUCAAGACCAAGAAAGUUAUUGCCGACCCCAGUUACUUCCUUGGAGAGGACAAAAGGAUCCGUCGAGUUGGAAAGUUGAUUCGUGCCAUUUGCAUCCUCACUCACCCUAUCGAAGGCACCGAGAACGCCGACUCAGCACAGAUCAUUAUUCCUGCAAGCCAAACUGGGAGGAAGAACGACAUCUACAUCUCAUUGGUUUCCUCAACAUUUAACGUCUGCCCCAAGGGAUUCUACCUUGCCAGUGUCUCAACCGUCCUCGAAAGCCCAGAUUCCGGGAACCCUCAUGCAGAACUGGAGCCUGGAUUUGAGCGUCUAGGGCUGGGUUCUGGCCGCCUAGGCAGGGAUGAGGAGAAGUGAGUCUCCUUCCUUCAUUCUCCCCCUUCCCCCAAAUUUUUCUUUUCCUUUAUCUCUUGUUUUAUUUGACCCGAGUAUUAACAUUUUGUAGGUUCAUCCAGGUUGUCGACCUCUUUGAGCCUGUUGAGGAUGGUACCAAGGAUCACGUAUACAUCUCAAAGAGCUAUGAUGCUUCUACACAUUUUGAGACCUGCACCGAUGAUGUCAAGGAUAUCUACAAACGUGUUGAGGGCAAGAACCUUGUUAUCGAGCAGAGGAAGGAUGAGCAGCAGACGGAUGAGUCUUAGGGGUUGUGAAUGUUUUAUGGAGUACGCGAGCUUUUCCAUUUUAUUUUCUUGCAGGUUCUCUUUCCAUGUUACCCGGUAGGUUGAUGCUUGAUGCUGCGUGACAUCUGACACCAUGAUAUGUCUUUCUUGAGUCCAUACGAUAUAAUAUAAGUUUUUUAAAUUGUGAAAUCGAGUGGUGCUGUGCGCUGUGAUGAGGGGUUAGGUCCUGGGUUCAUAAGUCGUCACUCGGUUGGAUGAUGGAGUUGCCUGAGAUUACGGUGGAAAGCAGAUUGAGAAAAGGUAGUGAUGUUGAAGUGUUGGUGCAGUCUGAAGGGUUGAUCGCAAAAGAAAA